GCUUCUUGGGCUUCGGGAGUGUUUCCCAUUUAAACAAACAGUGCUGAAGAUGGCGGAGAGUUAAUGGUUUAAAGAAGAAAUUAUCGACCCGGUACAGGGAUACGUCCGCAAGACUCCUCUGACCAGCCCUCAUAGGACCACACCCCCAGUGUAGGGGGGAGGGAGGGAGAUCAGAUCGUCCAUCAUCUCGGCGCCAUCACAAGGUGCUGAUAUGUGUACACGAUGAGUGGACUGGGGGAUAACUCCAUGGAGCCUCUGAGCUCAGAAAACCGGAAACGCAAGCUCUCCACUUGCGACACGCCUGGUCUGGGGUGUGAGAGGAAGCGCCGAGAGCAGGAGAGCAAAUACAUAGAGGAGCUGGCAGAGCUGAUCUCAGCCAACCUCAGCGACAUCGACAGCUUCAACGUCAAACCCGACAAAUGUGCCAUCCUCAAAGAGACUGUGCGCCAGAUCCGCCUGAUCAAAGAGCAGGGGAAAGCUUCCUCCAACGACGAUGACGUUCAGAAGUCAGACGUGUCCUCAACAGGUCAGGGGGUCAUCGACAAGGACCACCUGGGGCCCCUCCUGCUGCAGGCUCUCGACGGCUUCCUGUUUGUGGUGAAUCGGGAGGGCAACAUUGUGUUCGUGUCGGACAACGUGACGCAGUACCUGCAGUACAAACAGGAGGAGCUCAUCAACACCAGCGUGUACAAUAUUCUCCAUGAAGACGACAGGGAGGAGUUCCACAAGAACCUGCCCAAGACCAACAUAAAUGGAGUGUCGUGGGGAAACGAGGCGGCGAGGCAGAAAAGUCACACCUUCACUUGCCGGAUGCUGGUCAAGUUCGGCCACGCCCAUGGCCCCAUGGAGGAGGGGCCAGGAGGGCCACGUUACGAGACCAUGCAGUGUUUUGCUCUCACGCAGCCCAAGGCCAUGAUUGAGGAAGGGGAAGACCUACAGUCAUGUAUGAUCUGCGUAGCACGUCGGGUGACUGCCAUGGAGAGAACGGAGAGCUUCAACACACGGCAUGAGCUCUCAGGUAAACUGAUCCAGAUUGACCAGAACUCUCUGCGAGCGUCGAUGCGUCCAGGCUGGGAGGAUUUGUUGAGGCGUUGCAUUCAGAUGUUUCUUCAGCACAGUGACGGGCAGCCAUGGUCACAUAAACGGCACUACCAUGAGGCCUUUCUACAGGGUCACGCUGAGACACCCCUGUACCGAUUCUCGCUGUCCGACGGCACUCCAGUCACAGCCCAGACCAAGAGCAAAUUGUACCGUCACCCCAUGAGCAAUGAACCACAAGGUUUCAUCUCCACUCACCUGCUGCAGAGAGAACCAAAUGGUUACCGCUCUGCUCAGGGUGGGGGCAUGAUGAGGCAGCAGGGCAUGGGCGGCCCCAACCCAAAUACCCAAAUGAACAUGAACACUGGCGGUGGGAUGGGCAUGGGUGGCAUGGGCAACAUGAACAGGGGCUUCGGCAUGAACGACCAGGGCCACAUGGGUCACAUGGGUCCAAUGGGAGGUGGAUCAAUGUACGGAGGGAACGGUGGAGGAGGAAGUGGAGGUGGUGGCAUGGGCAACCGCAUGAUGCAGAUGAAUCAAAUGGGUCAGAUGAAUCAGGUGGGGAAUAUGAAUCAGAUGAAUCAGAUGGGUCCCAUGAAUCACCCCGGCCAAGGCAUGCAGCAGCACCCACAGCAGCCCCCGUUUCAGAGCAGCGGCGGGUUUGGCUUGAGUGGCAUGAACAGCCCCUCUGGAAGCCCCCGAAUGGGUGGACCCCAGCAGGGACUUCUGAUGUCACCAAGGAACAGAGGCAGUCCUAAGAUGGGCGGCAACCAGUUUUCACCUGGAGGUAUACACUCUCCUAUGAGUGGCAUUGGCAGUGGUGGAGGAAGUGGGAGCAGCACUACCACCUUCUCCAGCAGCUCCCUCAAUGCACUACAAGCCAUCAGUGAAGGAGUAGGAAGCUCUCUCCCUUCGACCCUAACGUCCCCCUCCCCAGCUCACAAACCAGACAGCUCUCCCAGCAUCCACUCCUCCUCUUCUUCCUCUCAGCCCAGUCAGCCAGUAAAACCAGGCCAGGAUGGUUCCAAAAGCCCAGCAGGAGGUUUAGGGGCUGGUGACCAUCAUCACCCCAUGCACCAUCAUCACCAUCAUCCGCAUCCUCAAGCGGAGAGUUCUGGAGACCGGCCAGAUAGUCAGGCUACAACAGCGGCUAAAGAGCCCGGAGAGGGAGGCGGUGAGGCUGGGGUGGCGAGCUCUGACCCCCCUCGCAGGGUCCCAGACAGUAAAGGCCACAAGAAACUGCUCCAGUUGCUAACUUCACCCACUGAGGAGCUAGGAAUAGGUGGCGGAGGGCCGACCGGACCCCCUAUCCCUCCCCCGUCGACCAGCAACAGCACUCCUGCGGGCUCAGAGAAUAAGGACCCUACUGGAGGCAUGACAAGCCCUUCAUCCACUGGGGUCUCAUCCUCGUCUUCAGCCACUCCUAAUCCAGGCCAGACGUCCGGACCCGGGGGCGUGUCAACAUCGAUAUCAUCAGCCCACUACACCGGCUCUCUGCAAGAAAAGCACAAGAUCCUUCACAAGCUUCUCCAAAAUGGCAAUACUCCAGAUGAGGUAGCUAAGAUCACGGCUGAAGCUACAGGAAAGGUGUCCCUAGGGAAUCAGGAGGGUGGUGAGGCUGGAACCGGAGUAUCGGGGGCCGCGACUGGACCCGGGCUUCUUUCGGAGCCUAAGCAGGAGCAGCAUAGCCCUAAGAAGGAGAAGACCCACGCCCUCCUCCAUUACCUCCUCAACAAAGAUGACUCCAAAGAACCUGUGGAUGUCAAGCCCAAGUUGGAAGAUCUAGAAGGGAAGGGACCCCCGGGGGCUGCUGGCGGCCCUCCAAGGACCGGCCCUGGAUCUGGAUCUGGAUCUGGAUCUGGAUCUGGAUCUGGCCCCACACCAGAACAUCCUGAGAGCAAGAUCAAGUCUGAGCCACCUGAUGAGCUGCACAACCUGGAGUCUAUCUUGGGAGAUCUGAGGGGUUCAAGCUCUGACUUUUACCCAGAUCAGACUGGAGGUGGAGGAGCCAACGACACGGGGAGCAAACCCCAGGGUUGCCUUGACGACAGCCUGCAGGGGAGUCCGGGAAUGGGUCCAGGACCUCGGGGGCCCUUCCAGAGGACAAUGUCCAUGGAUGGGAAGCCCCCUGGUGGGCCUGGAGGAGCAGGAAGACGCCCCAUGCUUAUCAAGCAGGAGAACAUGAUGGGCAGCCCCGACAGCUACCCAGGAAACAUGGGACCUAUGAACAGGGGCAUGGUUUCCCAGAGGUCUCCCAUGGGGGGUUCAGGAGAUUGGGGAAUGUCCCGCUCCAGUGCCAGCCCAGUGGGAUCAGCGGGACACCCCUCCAUGAUGCGUCAGGGCAUGGACUACAAUAACAGCAAGGGCAUGAUGGCAGGACCCAUGGCCGGUCGAUCCAGCAGCGUUCCAGGUGGAAGGUCAAUGCUUCAGCAACAGCUCAUGGAUAUGGGUGGCUCUGGGGACAUGGGUAUGGGUAUGAGCCCGUUCAAUCAGCCGGGACAACCCAAUCAGUCUCCCUCAUGGCCGGAUACUAUGAUGGGCAUGGAGGGGAACAGGCGGCAGUUUGGCAACACUUUGGAUGAUCUUCUGGUGCCUCCCACAACCAGUGAGGGUCAGAGUGAUGAGCGUUCACUCCUGGACCAGCUGGACUCACUUCUGAACAACACAGAUGGUAUUGCACUGGAGGAGAUAGACCGAGCACUGGGCAUCCCGGACCUCGUUGGCCAGACCCAAGGACCAGAGCAGCAGCUUGAGCCUUUUCCAGGGCAGGACCCCUCCAUGGUGAUGGACCAGAAGCCUCUGUACGGACAAGGCUAUCCAGGACCACCCGCCAUGCCGAUGCAGUCGGGAUAUGGAGGGAACCCCAUGCAGGGACAGUCCCAGCAGGGAGGGUUUGGACCCAUGCUUUCUCACAUGGGCCAAGGUGGCAACUUCCCUGGUAUGGGUGGAAUGGGGGGCAUGGGCCACCCUCGCGCCAACAUGAUGAGGCCAAGGAUGAUGAGCGCCAACAAGCCCAUGAGGCUCCAGCUACAGCAAAGGCUGCAGGGACAACAGUUUAUGAAUCAGACGCGGCAGGGCAUGGGCAUGAAGAUGGAGAACCCAGGAGGUAACCCUGGCAUGAGGCCUGGUAUGCAGCCCGGCAUGGGAGGACAGCCGGGCUUCCUCAAUGCUCAGAUGAUGGCUCAGCGCAGCAGGGAGAUGGUCACCAUGCAGAUGAGGAGGCAGCGCAUGAUGAUGCUGAUGCAGCAGCAGCAACAGCAGCAGCAGGCAGCAGCAGCAGCUGCAGCAGCCGGAGGAUUCAGUCCUCCUCCAAAUGUCACCGCUCCUGGUGGCAUGGAUAACCCGAUGGGAGGGCCAAACAUGGGCCAGCCAGGCCCCCAGCAGUUUGGCUAUGGCGGAAAUUAUGGGAUGGGUCAGCAGGCAGACCCCUCAUUUGGCCCAUCAGGGGGCAGUCCUCCUAAUGCCAUGAUGCCAGGCCGCCUGGGGCCACAAAACCCCAUGAUGCAACAGCACGCACAGGGCGGUCACAUGUACCAAGGCACCGACAUGAAAGGCUGGUCGCAGGGAGGCAUGGGACGCAACAGUUCAUACCCUCAACAACAGUUCGCGCAGCAGGGACCUCCAGGGCAGCAGCAGUUUGGGCAGCAGGGGAAUCCAGGCCAGUACGGGGGCAUGAUGAUGAACGGCGGCAUGGCGGCCAGCGGUGGAGGUGGUCACAUGGGCCAGAUGGGAGGACAGAUGGGUAUGAACCCCAUGGUCAUGGGACGCAUGUCUAUGGGACCUGAUCAGAAAUACUGCUGAACAUUGUGACACAAGCAAUCGUCUCACUGUGAUCUCCAUCCAGAGAUAGGACACAGCUGCAGUACAGGAGUGUGUGGAGGACCAGUCGGUGUGUAGUACCGCACUCCCACCAGACAGGGGAGUCGACCACUUUUGGACUCAGUGGCCAGUAAAGGCAGUCUUGCCACAUGAGGAAAACUGACACUUAACAAACAGAGCCCAUAACGUUCCACAGCGUUCAUCAAAAUAACAAACACUGUGACAAGUUUACACACAUGGACCUUAAAAUGGUCAGAAAGCUCUGCGAUGCCUCGUUUUUGACUGCAGUUUUAAUACGUCUCUCUGUAUGAGUGUGUCCCUCAGAUGAGACACAACAGUUGCUGGACCAAACACAGAAGGCAGACAAAGAUUUGGUGUAGACGUUGUUCAUGGACAAACAUGUAAAGACAUCCUCUCCUUUGUCGAAUGUACCAUGAAGCUGUGUUCGGAUUCUUCUCUCGUGUCUAAACUUCAUGGGGUUUUUAAUCCGCCGUCUCUGCUGCUCCUGGAGGAUCUCUGCGUACGUGAGGCCAGCGUGGCGUACAAGUGAACGCGGUUUUGGAUGGUGAGCCGCCAGAUUGUGACACUCAGAUGAAUGUCAUUAAACAGUAGCACAUUGCUUAGUCCUUGAGGACGACGCUGGCUGAAGUACAACUGAAUUACAUGUUGGCUGAUUGCACUUUAAGGAAAGGCCAACAUCAACAGGAUUGUGGCAAUAUAGAGGCCUUUACCCAAGAAUUAUCGCAUAGCAGCAGACAUUUACUGUUUAUUUUUACGUGUUCGUCUCCAAGUUUUCCCCUCUGAAACAAACAGGCGCUGUUGAUUGGAAAUUUGAAUGAUGUUUUCUCUAAAGUGGGAACCAGUAGAAAGGUAGAAAGCACAGAUUUGAUCCAACACUCUCACAAAUAGUGUAUUGGUCAUUAUAAUAAUCAAAAUGAAUUGUUGUAAAGCCAUUUUAAGCAGAGGACUUAAGGUUAGUUUGCAAAAUUCCUGAUUGUAUUUAUAUAGAUUCAUAAAUUGAUAAUUUUAUCAAACGAGGAAUUUUAUAAGAAACUGUUGCAGAUAUUUUGGUAACAUCACAACAGAUUUACAGGAUAUAAAAGUCAUUGUCAAAUGUAAAAAUUGGUAGUAAUGUAGAUUGUCAGAGAGUGUCUCAUUUGAUUUCUAGCAAUAACCCUUCCUUCUGGUUUCCCUCUGAAGACGAAGCUGAAACAUCAUCAAGCGACGGUACUGCAGUAUUAGAUACGAUGUCUUGUUUGGAGCUUUUUUUUUUCUCUUCUGUCUGUGAAUAUGAAUUGUAAAUACGCUUCAAAUGUACUAUAUAUAUAAAUAUAUAUAUGCUUUUGUAGGUCACAUACUGUUUUUGCACAGAUUGUAAGGCUUGAUAUUUAAAAGUGUAAUUUUCUUAUUCUGUCAUAGGUCAGCUUUUAUUUUCAAUACUUCAACCAUCGGUGUGAAAACGAAGGGCCUCCUUUUGUAAAGCAGUACGUGUAGAAGUUCAUCCUCUUCAUUUCCCUCAGAAAGCACUUUUCAUUCGUGAUCAUCUGAAUCCUAAACGUCUUGAUUAUUUUCCGACGACAUAGUCUUAGCUAAAGAGGUGCUAGCGAGUCAACCUGUAAUUUUGUGUUGUUGUUUUUUUUAUAAAUUAUUUUUCUUUAAAAAAAAAAUACACACAGAGACUCAUACAUAUGCCUAUACAAAAGAGUUGACACGUGAUUGUGUUAGGCUUCUUGGGGCCCAGAUGUCUUACCAGUUUGUGGGUUGAUAUUUUCCAAACUGAACCUCAUGCUUCCAUGUGAUUCCUGUGCUUUAGAUUUAUGGUCUGUGCUAGUUCAGCCUCAGUUGGGGUUUUAGAAUCAGAGGCGUUCUUUAGAAAUUCUCCCCCUUUAUUAUGAUCCAGUCGCUUUGGUUUUUGGUUUUUUCACAGAUGUUUAACCUCGGUGGAAACGACGCAACAUUUAGAUUGAAUUCCUGAUCACCUGUCAGUCUGAUGACAGGUCUUUUAUUUUAUUUUUUAUUUUAUUUUAUUUGCCUUUUCUUUUGAUAUAUUUCCUGUGAAGCUUUUGUUGAGAAAUCUACCUUUGAAGACAUGCUCAAUCCAAAGAUUUUCAUUUGUCAUUCUGCAGUGCUUAGAAACAGUUCCUGAUGUAGAUGGUGCAAGUACUCAUGUGUGCUUUUACUGUUGCACAUAACCUAUAUUAUAAAUUGAGCUAAAUAUGUUUAAUUGCAUAUAUUAUAUUCCCAUUCAUGUGGCAUAGAGUAGAGACAAGUCUUGUUCUGCUGAGGUGGUUUGACUUUUGUUUGUGAUUGUUUCUUCCUUUUUUUAUUACAACUUAUGGCCAGUUGAAUUGUGGUGCUGCAAAAUGUUAUUCUGCCAGAGAACAUUCAGAUUGUCUGAGCUGAAAAGGAGGUUCCAUGAUUGAUGUCAUUAUGUCUCUGAAGAAUAGUUUGAAUUGUUUGUUUUUCCUCCCCAGUCUCAGUGAAGUGUAUGAAAAAUAAUGUACAAGUACUCAAAGAAAUGUUUUGCUUUAAGGAAGGAAACUCCUUUCAGUACAUUGUUGGAUCUAAAGAAAAGAGAAAAACACAUCUGGGAAACACACAGUCAUUACUACAGGAUGUAAAAUACUAUUGCAUUUUUUCUCAACUUGUUUCUUGAUGUUAAUAUCAAUGUAAAUACAAAUUUAUAUUUAAACAUUA